CCCUAAAUUUGAGGCUUUGCAGCUGGGGCUUUCCUUAUUGGCAAUAGCUUUUUCAUCUGGAUAGCUGACAUGGGUGCCUCCGUUUGGUCACCGGCUGAGCUCAGAUCUCUCGCCUGCAUCCCAAAUGAACAAGAGUCCUGAUGAGACCUUAAAAACUGAGUGAAGAAGGGAAUAUUUUGAGCCUUGGGAGAUCAAGUAAGGGUAAUAGCAGAGUUCAGAGAUAACAGAGUGUAUCUAACAUAUAGAGUAGGGGUCAUUCCUUGGCCGAAUACUUCUCUCUUGGGUUUCACAGAAGCCUAACCUAGCCCGGAGCCACCGAUCACAGCUUUAUUGCAGUGCUAUGUUAAAGCUGGCAUUAUCAAGUUGGGCAGUAUAAGUCUCCAAAGGAGGGAAGAAGUUGGGAAUAAUUGCUGAUGUUGUGAGUGUGCUAGAUUUGGUCAUGCAGAUGCCCCUCUGGAGCUGAUAAAUGACACAGAUUCACCUGCAGUUUUGACCCAUCAAAAGGUAAGGUAACUCUGCCUGAUGUCAAAAACCAUUCCUACGCCUUUUGGUAUCUUUCUUAGCAAAUGAGCGCCCUACCUCCCACUGUGUAAGCCAGAAACCUAAGUACCACUUUGGCUGCUCUCUCCCUUACGCCUGAUGCCCAAGCAGUACCAAGCCUUUCUAUUUUUUAAAUACCCAUUUGUCCCAUCCUCUCUACCAUGACCUUAGUUUUGGGCCACCAUCAUAUCGCAUCUAAAUUAUUGCAAAAGCCUUUCUCUGUUUCCCCUGCCUCAAAUCGUGUCCCCCUUAACCCAUUAUCCAUACUGCAGCCAGGGAGAUAAAGAAAGCAUCAAUUCUUUGAAACAAUAUGUCUAUUUUCAGAGUCAGAAAUGUGUCCAGUGACAGCAUAGAUUAUUUUGUUCUGUUUUCUAGCUUCCAUACAGAAGAACAGUGACGUCACAAAUAUUAGGGGUGAAAUGAUCUUCAUCCACAGGCUCAAGUGAUUUGUUUUCAACCAGUCUAUGUGUUUCCCACAGUGUCUUCCAAGACAGCAUGCUGUUAACUGUCUCAUGGAUGCAGCUAAGAAAGUGAGGAGUGAAGAAUCCAGGAAGCUCUGUGGGUUCGAGUACAUACGAACGGUCAUUUACAUCUGUGCCAGCUCCAGGUGGAGAAGGCAACUGGGGUCGACCCCGCAAGGUCAGCAAGCUGAGAGAGGAAACCACUUCCAGCUGCCAAAUGAACAGUUUUCUGAGGAAAACGCAGCACAAAACCUUCCGAAGAUGGCUUUCUCAGAGGAGGAAAUUCUUCAAGGUGAACAGCUGCCCACAGAAGGGCUUUGGAGGUCUAAGAAGCAUUCGGUGAUGUCAAGACAAGACUUGCAAAUGUUGUGCUGCACAGAAGGCUGUUCCAUGUCUGACUUGAGCGCUCUUUGUUAGGACAAGAGCAAACCCAAGGGUGGCAGAGCUUUAGCACAUGUUUAAUCACAGUGUUUUACUUCCCAGAACAACACUUACAUUGUGUCAUUAAACUAAAGGCUUUUGGGUAUGCAAUCCUUCUUUCCUAAAAGUUGUGGAUGAAUGGCUAAAACUACAAUGAGGUCUAUUUUCUCCCUUUGCCAAGGUGAAUGCACUGUUCUUUUCAAAUUUUAAC